CGGUCGGCGGCGCGCAGGCCCGGGCCAGCCUGUCGGGAGCGCGCAGCCGCAAGCCUACUGGCGCGGGGAGGGAGGGUGGUCCGGGCCGAGCCCCCCCACCCGCGCUACCUGGAGCGGCGGGGCCGCGGGCGCGGCGGUGGCCGUAGAGUCGGAGGGGCCCUCUAGCGGAGGGGCCGGGGAGGGCGCGGACCUCGCCCUUGAGCGGUCGGGACGCGAGCCCCCGCAGUGUGCUUGUGUGUGGAUGGUGGGACUGGUCGUGUUUGACGGAGAGGGGCUCGCCCGAGAUCCCAGUUCUGCUGGGGGUGGCGGUGGGCGACUGAGGCUGGCUACGCUCACCCGGACUCUGGCGCCCAGGUGGCGACUGGUGGCCCCAGAUCUCGGUCCCUGCGCUGCCUGAGCUCCCCGCCAUGGCCCAGCAGAGAGCUCUGCCGCAGAGCAAGGAGACACUGCUGCAGUCUUACAACAAGCGGCUCAAGGACGACAUCAAGUCCAUCAUGGACAACUUCACCGAGAUCAUCAAGACUGCCAAGAUUGAGGACGAGACGCAGGUGUCGAGGGCCACUCAGGGCGAGCAGGACAAUUACGAGAUGCACGUGCGAGCUGCCAACAUCGUCCGAGCUGGCGAGUCCCUGAUGAAGCUGGUGUCCGACCUCAAGCAGUUCCUCAUCCUCAACGACUUCCCCUCGGUGAAUGAGGCCAUCGACCAGCGCAGCCAGCAGCUGCGGGCGCUGCAGGAGGAGUGCGACCGGAAGCUCGUCGCCCUGCGCGAUGAGGUCUCCAUCGACCUGUACGAGCUGGAGGAGGAGUACUACUCGUCCAGCUCAAGUCUUUGCGGAGCUAAUGACCUGCCUCUGUGCGAAGCGUACUGGAGGCUGGACCUCGACACAGACUCUGCCGAUGGCCUCUCCGCCGCUGCGCUGGCGUCCCCGGAGCCCGGCGCUGGCCCCCUGCAGGUCGCAGCCCCUGCCCACUCCCAUGCCGCCGGCCCCGGCCCCACGGAGCACGCCUGAGCCUCCCAGGGCUCCCCUCCCUGUGCCCCUAGGUUCUUAAGUCUGGUGUGGCCUCCUUGACCUUGAUGUUGGGGGAAAGUAGUUCCUCGACCGUUCCCGAGGUAGCCCAUCCCUCUGAGAGGUCCACUCUGUUCGCUGUCCACCUGGCCUGCUGGGCAGGCGCUUCCUGGACAGCAUGUCCAGGCCAGUUGUGGGGCCAGAGCACGCCCUGCUGUGUCAAAGCCACAGGGUGGCUCAGAGUGGACGAUACUAGCCAAGUGCAGACUCCACCCUCGGGUGUCCUGUGCAGAGAUGCACCUGCUUUGUCCCGGGGGUCCCUGCUGGCGGACUGUCCCCUUGGGCUGUGGCGGGGAGGGAUGCCCAGGGCCAGGGACCCUCCUCGUUCCGCUGCACAUGUUCUGGCGGUUUUUGUAACGAGACGGUUGAAUAAAAACAGCACUGCCAUUUUGCA